AUUUUCUUUUAAUUCUUGCCCUUGGUAAAUCAAAUUUAGAACUUUAGCUAUGUAGUUUGUUACACGCCUGAGUUUAAUAAUUAUAUCCACGGUCUGUAACAGAAGUCGUGAAUCUGAGCAUUAUGUUAACGGAUACAUAUUCUUAGUAUGUUUAUUAUUGCAAGCAUAUCCUGGCGUUAUAGGCACACAUAUUAAGGAAGAAACAUCUUGUUAGUUUCCGCAUGUCUUACAAUUUAUGUGAAGUUUGAAACGAAAUACUAUCGUUGUGUUAUUGAUUUUUCUUGGCGUAGCACGUUGGCGGAUGUUCCGGUUUACAAAAUGGCUGUGUUGUGUAGUUAGUCGGUGAAGCAAUGUUUACAUACAGUCGCACUUGAUGUUUGUAGAAGUGUGUGAUGUGCACCGCACUCUGUAUUUUAUGUAACAUGUUCCCACGAUUCACCCUGUCAAUUUCAGAGCAUUUGAUGUUACUGAGCUAACAUGCUUAGUGAAUUGGUUCUUUGUUUUGACUCCAAUAACCUAAUAUUAACAUAUUGAAGUAUGCGCGGCGCCUGUUGUGCAAAAGCUGCAUAGACGUUCAGUGAAAGUAGAUACAUUUAAAGACCUUGCUGACUGCCAGUAAUGGAUAGCCACGCAAAUAAUUCGCGAAAGCGGUCUUUAGACAAAAUGAUAGAACACAUGACUGCAGAUGUACAGAACAGUGACGGACAGUAUAUUCAGCUGGGCUUCACGCCGCCAUCCACGCCGCAGUCUCACCAUAUCUGGCCAGAAUAUGCUCAAGCUAAUGUUAACAGCCCAUCGUUGCAGCACUUUAUGCCUCACGCACCAGUCGUUCACAACACUGCAGAAAACACUGUUUACUAUACGGAUUUACAUAUUCCUUACGAGAUGGAUGUCACAUCUCACGUAUCAAAACAGCCUGAAGUGUUGCAACAAUCUGGGUUUUACUAUUCCCCGCCAAGGCAACCAAUAAACAUGUUGCACGAUAACCAUGAACUAAUUGGCACCGUAUUAGACAUGGGAGGUGGUAAUGUUGUAAAUGUUGUGUAUGGCAGUAGGCCUCCUGCUGUAAAUUCAAGCAGGUUAAUGACCCAACACUAUCACAUGAUUCCUUCAGACACCCAGAGGGAACUUGUUCCUCAUGCAUUGAGCAGUUUUGUGCCGUAUCAAGAUGUGCUGGAAAAUAGUGGACAGAAUCACAUUGAUGAAUUUGGAUUGUUUGGUGCUAGUGAGCAGUCGCAUGCACAGACAUUGCAGCAGCCUCAUCAACAACCAGUGGCCCAACCACAACAGCAGCCUUUCCAGCCUGCACAUGGAAGUACCCAUGGACAGUUAAUUGAAAAUCUGGUUGGGAAUUGGGUGCCGAAUCAGAGUGGAACGUACAGCCCCUUUGGAUGCACAGACACAGGAAUUUGUCCAGCUCCCACAACAAAUCAGCAGACUACACAAACUGUUCCAGAAGGUUCAGAUGCUGAAAAUGAUGCCAAAAAUAUGGGCCAUGGCUUUCGUAAAACCAGAAUAGUAGCAGAAGUAAAGCCAAUGAGGCCAUCAUAUUCAGAUGUUCUUGCAAAGUCUGCUCCAGCCACUUCAAAUAACUGCACGUCUUUGACAAAACAUUCUUCAAACAACAUGUCAGUUAAUUCCGGCAGUUCAGUGAAGGCUGAAACUACCCCUCUUGGAAAGCCGAAGGGCAGCAAUUUGCAAAAAUCAAAUUCAAAGAAAUUGAAAAACAGUGUGUUGAAGCGUCAGCAUUCUUCAGGUAGUGAGGAGCAAAGUGUUAGUGGAAGUUCAAGUACAUUAAAAACUGUACAAAGUCCAUCUGUUGUGCGCAGGACAGCAGAGAGUGACACGAAGCAUGCUGAUUCUGUAGGAUUUAGUUCAUUGCCACGAAAGUGGGUUUCAUUAGAUGAUUUAGACAAUGAGAAACAAAAUCCUUCAUUGGAAGAGGAGGAUGAAGAAGACGAUGAGGGUGAUGAGGAUGGUGAUGAUGAUGAUGAAGAGGAUGGUGAUCCUUUCCACAGCAUUGACACAAGAACUAGAUCAGUUACAAGCAGCAUGAAGGGCUGUGGUAAUGAUUGCCAGAUGUCAAGAAAAAGUUACACAUCACAACGGUCAAAGAAUGCAUCUCAAGAAGACAGAUGGGAAGGAGGAACACUCAACAAUCAUAAAGUGUCUGCUUGUCCAACAGCAACAACAGCUACAUCUGCAACUACUAGCAAAGCUAGUAGUGGAGUUGGAAAUGCAGGAACAGGAAACAAACGUCCUAUCCAAAUAAACAAUAAUUUGGGCACACCUGUUUGGAAUCAGAAUAGAGUUGGGUGUACGAGAAACAACAAGCCUAAUUCAGAAGAGAGGAAAGGGAAUUCAACAAUCUUGAAAGGGGAAGCCAAAGCUGGAUCACAGAGCUCUGGAAGGAAUGCAUCUUGUAGGGGUGCUGGAGCUAGUAGUGCAAGUCCAUUGCCUGUGUCACCGAAUGGAUUUGGAGGACCAGAAAAAGCAGCACAAGCCAAAAGAAACCAACGUGGAAGGAAGCGCACUUUGCAUUCGCCAAUCGCUAUGGUGUGCCAGCCAAUAAGGCAACAGAUAUGGCGUUGGGGUCAGAUGGUGUUUAGUUUUCUGUUGUGGUUCAUGCUUCUGCUGUCUGAUGUCUUGGACAUGAGCACGCAGUUAUUGGCACAUCUGUGUGUGCUGGUAUGUGCACAGGUGCACAGUUGGUCAUUAAAGGGAUACUUCAAACUGACUGCAGUGAUUUACCAAAUAAGUAUAUGGCCAAGAAACUGGUGGAAAGGUAGUACAAAAUCAAAUUCUAAUAAUACAACAAAAGAUAAAUCCCACGGUGGUAUUCCAGCAAGUUUAGAGAACAAUAUUUCACUACCAUGCACUGGAGAAGAAGCAAUGAAAAGAUUAUUGGCGUGUAAGGGUAAAGAUCCAUACAGCAUUUUGGGUGUCACUCCUCAUAGCUCUGAUGAUGACAUAAAGAAAUAUUAUAAACGACAGGCAUUUCUUGUUCAUCCAGACAAAAACAAUCAACCUGGGGCAGAAGAGGCGUUCAAAAUACUUGUGCAUGCUUUCGAGCUCAUUGGGGAACCUGAACGGCGUAAAGCAUACGAUCGGAGAGUAGCUGAAACACAACAGGUGGAACAAGCAUGGAGUGAAUUAAAUGACUUGCUGUCACAGCUGCAUCAGAAGAUGGAGUAUGCGGCCAACACAAUAAGAUGUACAAACUGUGGGAAGAGGCACCGCAGAAUAAGUGUUGACCGGCCAUGUUAUGCAGCUCGUUUAUGUGCACAGUGCAAGAUACAUCAUGCAGCCAGGGAGGGAGACAUUUGGGCAGAGAGUUCUAUGCUUGGUUUCUUGUGGCAUUACUAUGCAUGCAUGGAUGGUGCAAUAUAUGACAUAACAGAGUGGGCUGCCUGUCAAGCUGAUAAUUUGCGUCAUUUACGUGCCAAUACACAUACGGUCCAAUACCGUAUAGUGCUGGGCCGCCAUCAGCCUCCACCUCGACAUCGUGGGCCAGAACCACACAGUGAAGCUGACUUGGAGAAUUUUCUGAACAAUCUUUACAGUCAUUCAAGCAAUGGCGAAGUAGGUGGCAACCGUUCUGAUCAAGGUCGCAGCCGUCGCAAAGGAAGAAAAAAGAAGUGAAUCUUUAGCUAACAAAAUGUGAUUUUUUAAAAAUGUGUAUGACUUAUGUGCUUUACAAUUGUGAGACCACUUUAAUGUGGAUUUAUUCAGCUUUGGAUUUAUUAGAAAAAUAACACACACUAAAGUAGUGAUAAUAGUUUCACUAUUUACCAUUGCAUACGCCUCACAUGAAUGACUUCAGACAGUGUUCUUGUUUUUAUAUAAAUAGGAAUUGAAAAUAGAUUCCAUUUGUGCUCUGACUGGAUCACUGUAGCUAACAAAAACAUUCAAAAGCCUAAAUUUGAUAUUUGUUCAAGGUUCUACAGCUUAAGCAUCCUCCCUGAUGAGAAAUGAGGAACAGUGACAAUAGCUUUAUUAUGAAGGGUAAAGUGCAAGAACAUACACACUACCCUACCUUUAGCACAAUGAAACAUGCUGCAUAAAAUAUUUUUUUCAUUCUUUGUAAGCGGUUUAUUUUGUUCCUUUGUUUGCCACUUGUUUUGUGUAGGGGAUAAAAUACUUCAGAUACUGAUGUUGCAUUUGCAACUGUGUACCUAAUCCAUUUUCCUUUUGACUCAGUCUGUCUUUCAUUUGCCUUGGUAUUGAAUACUCAUAUCUCUAUUCAAAAUCUUGUAAGGGUCUUUUUUCUUUUGUUUUCUCACUUAUGUAGUGACAGUAAUAAUUUUCUUUAUUGAAAUGAAACUGAGAGAUAUGAGAAAAUGUUUGUGUUCAUGAUAAUUUAUCGUGUUUGUAUAUGACUGCAGAAGUUUCAUUUCUUGCUAAUAAUGAUUUUAAAGCUUCCUAGACGUGUGUUACAUUAACAUUUUGUCAUAAGGAGUUUUAUUACUGUAAAAGACCCAUCAACAGGAGGGAACAACAAACACUUUCAGUCUAUCUGCUAGUUCUUCUUAAUUAAACUAUAUUUGCCAAGUAACAUAAUUAGAGUGGAAAUGUUCAUUUUUCUAUGGCAUAAUGAGAUUUCCUCUUCAACUUUGGAUAAUGUAUGAUUUUGUACACUCUUAUUUUGCUUUCUUGUACAUUCACUAGCUUUGGCUUGUACUUCAGGAUUUCAUAUGCAAAUUUAAUCUUUCGGUUAUAUUAUGUUAAGAAAGAGUAGUUGGUGAUACAAACUUUUCUAAAAAAGUCAGUUUAAAUUUGUUUUUGUUAUAUUUGUGACGCAAUUUUUUCAAAAAGUGGAUACACUGAUAUAAAAGGAGCAGAUUUUUACUAGAAACCAAACUAUCUUUGCAGUAUUGUAGAUUUUGGCAUGACUUAGAGCCCAAGGUAUUUAGCUUAUUUUCUCUUGUUUUAGUAAUGAGAAGAAUCACUUCUAUCAAUCGACAUAUUAAGUUCAACGCUAUACCUACCUGAGGAGCUAUGAAAGAUAUCCACAUGACUGAUGUAAUGGUAGACAAUUUACCAUCUCCUCGUUACACUUAAGUGUACGUUUUCUGUUCUUAAAUCCUGCAUCGGCAGUGUAAUAUGUUGAAAAAUCAAGAGGCUUACACAUAUGAAGCAGAUAUAAUUGCCUUUGUAAAGCUAUAUAUUUACCCAAUAAAGCAGAAUUUUAUAGGAGCAUCCUUUAUUGAAUAAAGACAUUCUGCUUAGUUA